AUGGCCAUGAACGCAACCGCGGACCACAAUGCGAUUCUGGCCACGCCGCCGCCCGCCGACGGCCACGCCAUGUCGGUCCCCGCCAUCGUUGGCAUCACCGCCGCCGUCGUCGUCGCGCUCUGCUGCGUCAUCUUUAUGAUCGGUGUCUACAUGUCGCGCCGGUGGCGGUCGUCGCCGCACGACGAUACGAGCAAGCACGGCUUUGUGCCAUCGCCUGGCACGGCGUCGGCCCAGGACUUUGAGCA